AUGUCCAACACUGAAAGGACUGAAUUCGACGAACACGUCAACACUGGUUUUGUCAUUAAUGAUCGCAGUGAAUUCGAAGACGAAAGCGAAAACGACGAUGCCGAUGCCGAUACUGCUUCUCAGCGCUCAAUUUCUCUUUCAUCUCCUCCACAUUCGCCAGUACACGAUCCCAAUACUGCUCUACGCGCUCAAGAUUUCUUUGCUAGACGUGGAUCGCAGGAUGACUCUAUAGAGAUUGACUUCAACUCAGAAACGGACGAUGUAAGCGACUCCUUCAGCGAGAGGGACGCUCGACGUGCUAGUUCGAUUACAUCUGCGGCUCCUUCUGCAGCUCUGUUUGACGAAUCGAAAUACAACAUGGCACAUGCUGUGACUUAUCCGCCAACUCCUUCGUCGGGUGCAACGGAUGUAGAUUCAUUCACUUCUGCAGCUUCUUCGUAUUCGAAGAAAGCACGGCCGGAGUCCAUGUUGCUACAACCCCCGGAAGGCCCAUUAGUCCUGGGCAUUGCACUUGUAGAUUUUAAUCAUCUGGUUGGUCCGAAGAUCGAGUUUUGCCAUGGCGAUAUUUUCCAGGAUGAAGAGAUCGUCAAGAUACUUCCUUUCCUGGCUCUUCCAGACGGUGCACAUCUGUCGCUGGAAGAUUAUUCUUAUUUUCAUUUAGUUCCAAAUGCUCCAAUACCGACCACGAUUUUUGGCAUCUCAUGCAAUCGCCAAAUACCGGCCUCUGUUCUACUUGUUAAAGACGUAGAUGUAACUCGCUCAAUUGUUCAAAAGGCUGUCGUGGUCCUGGCAUCAAAGCCGGUCUUUGGCCCCAUUCGGGACCGCUUAGGUGUUGUCACACGCGCACUAUUUGAGCAACGCGACUUCUCGGAUACCAGUAUUCUGGUAGAAUUCGGCGCGUCGUUGGAGAUCUCCCUCCGUACACAGCUAACGGAAAGCGGAUUAUACAUUGGCACAAGCAUUCGGGAGUUUGUCCACACCUUCCGCCAUCGCACGCUUGUUCUAUUGAAAGCCCUGAUGUGUCAGAAAAAGAUUAUGUUCUUUGGUCACCCAGUGGAACGAUUGUGUACUUACCAGUACUCGCUCAUAUCAUUAAUCCCUGGCUUAUUGCAAACACUGGAGGAUUCCGGAUCCCCGCCCCUCGCCGCACGUGCACCAACACUUUCGUGCCCACAGUCGUUACGAACUUCAGAUCGUAAAAGUAUGAUGGCAUACAUGGGUUUACCACUAGAUAUUUUCGGGAAGGACGCGUUCUUUCAACCAUAUUUGCCCUUGCAACAGCUGGACCUUCUAAAGGAUUCAGAAGGCUGGCUAUGCGGGAGCACGAACUCCAUCGUGACUCAACAAAAGGAGGUUGAAUUGCUUAUCAACACUGAAACAGCAUUACUAGAGUUUCGAAAUCCUGCGUUGGAGCGGCUAAUGGGCCUGACAGCCGCCGACCGAAAAUGGAUGGAUGAGAUCGUUCGAGACGUCAAUGAUGCUUGGGAUGAUGCAGAUCCAACAAAGCCUGCAAUGCACUUCAAAGGCAGUGAUGAUUACCUGCGAGCCAAGUUCGAAGAGUACGUUUCCGCUGCACUCGCAUCUGUUCGAUAUCGGGAGUUCCUUGCGAAAGGGAAAGUGAACAAUGUGAUCAUUACUGGAACAGGAGGAGAUGAUAACUCGAUCGACGAUUUCAAUCCCCUUUGGAUCGCUGAGUUCACCAAGACGAAUGCAUAUGAUGUGUGGCAGAGGUCUACAGACCCUAUGCUUUUCGACAUCGUCGAGCCACGUCACCCAUGCAACGAGAAACCCUCUGUCGUCGGAGACAUCGGAAUUCGGCUGUCCGAAGGACUUCAAGAGCUGAAACUGGAACAACAACUAGCUCCGACCCGAGAAGCCAUCUCACGCACCAUCACCGCUAGCUCGACGAACUUCUUCAAAGCGGUCGAAGGUGUCCGUGGGCGGUGGCAGCAACGCACCACCAGUUCUGCUUCGUUCAACUCCGAUCUUACGAGCAGCACGUAUGAGUCCCCGGUGGAGGUCUCAAAAUCGGAAUUGGGACUGUCUUCGCCCCCCGCUUCUGAAGGGAACAAGCUUACCCCCAAUAUCACCAGACAGACGUCGAGAGAGUCCGCAUCAGGUACAUCUAUGCGGCCCGUAAGCGUUGCGCAAGCCGCAUCGGACGCGAAGGUAGCAUUGGGAAACUGGGGCGCAGGUAUACAGUCUUUCUGGUCCGGUCGCGCUUCACGGUUUUCCAUGUCUCGCUCGAGCAUAGCGAGUGUAGCAUCCACAGAUUCGUUAUCUAAUUCCAGCACAGUACAACUUCCAACAUCACCGAUAUCGCCAUCGCACUCGCGCCCAAGCGUGGGUACGGUGGAGGAGGAAUCGGAACAUGAUUUGGAUCACAAGGGAUACGAGUCGCAAGAGCCAGGUGGGAUCGCUCUUUGAACUAGUUUUGGACCUCGUCGCGC